AUGGAAACUUCUUCGUCUGAUUUCUCUUCUACAACGGAGGUGGCGGCGACCCCGUCGAGCGCGAUGAGGAUCAUCCUCCGCAUUAGGCUCUCGCCGGCGUGGACGCCCGAAGAGGACGCGUGCCUGGAGCGCCUCGCCAGGGGGUACGGCUUCCGCCACUGGCGCCGCGUCGCCGAGGAGAUGCAGCCGAGGGAGCGGCGCCGCUCGCCCAAGCAGUGCCGCGACAGGUGGCGGGACCACCUCGCCCGCGACGUCUACCACCGCCCCUUCACCGCCGACGACGACGCCGAGCGCCGGUGGAGGGAGCUCCGCAAGAGCGACGCGUUCCUCAGGGCGCUGUACUGGCAUCCCGACCAGCCGGUGCCACCGCUACUUGACGACGCGUUGUCGUGCAGCGACGUCCUCGACUCCAGCGUGGCCUCCUACCGUGGUGGCUGCGACGCCGUGGCCGGCGGCGGCACGAUCGUUGCACCAGGGUUCGCCUGCUUCGCCGCAUAG